AAAUCACCUUGGUCUCUUUCUCUCUGCCUAAGCAUCACUUACGGGACAGGCAGACGAAAAAAUUGAAUCAGAUUCCAAAACAAUGCGACUCUCUUAGGGGUUCUUCCUCCCAUAGAUCUGAUCGUCUGUCUCCCGAGAAAACUUCAGAUCACAGAUCAGCUAAAUCCACAGGUUCAAAUUUCAGAUAUCGAAGGGAAAGUGAUCAACAGCUUCCUCUCCUCAAUAGUUUGUUCUGGCUCCUCAACGAAGAUCGCAGCGCCUCAUGGGCGGCCAUAUGCAGCAGCAGACCACCAAUGCUGCGACGACGGCGCUGUACGAUGGGGCUCUGAACAAUGCAGGACCUGGGAAUGAGGCUGGGGAUGCCGUCAUGGCGCGGUGGCUCCAGUCCGCUGGUUUACAGCAUCUGGGGUCUCCUGUUGCUUCAGCAGGUGUUGAUCAGCGUCAUCUCCCCAACCUUCUCAUGCAGGGUUAUGGAGCACAGACUGCUGAAGAGAAGCAAAGACUUUUUAAAUUAAUGAGGAAUCUUAAUUUGAAUGGGGAAUCUGCUUCUGAGCCGUAUACACCCACUGGUCAAUCAUCAGCAGCUAUGGCCUCUUCGGAUGGGUUUUAUUCACCUGAGUUUAGAGGUGACUUUGGAGCUGGGUUGCUAGAUCUUCACGCAAUGGAUGACACCGAGCUGCUGUCUGAGCAUGUGAUUUCUGAACCGUUUGAGCCAUCACCUUUCAUGCCAAGUGUCAAUCAAGCUUUUGAAGAAGACUUCAGUGUGCCAGCUAACCAGCAACAGCGCCAAGAACAGGACGCUGAACCUUCGAGCCCAUUUCCUAGGGGUGAAAAAGAAAGUAGUGGAAGAGAGAACAGUGUAGCCAAAAUUAAAGUAGUGGUAAGGAAGAGACCCUUGAAUAAAAAGGAAACCGCUAAAAAGGAGGACGAUAUCAUCUCUGUAUCUAAUAAUUCUUUGACAGUUCACGAGACCAAGUUGAAGGUGGAUUUGACUGCAUAUAUGGAAAAACAUGAGUUUUGUUUUGACGCUGUUCUGGGUGAGCAUGUUUCAAAUGACGAGGUGUAUCGGACCACGAUAGAGCCAAUUAUUCCCACGAUUUUUCAGAGAACCAAAGCUACCUGUUUUGCAUAUGGUCAAACAGGUAGCGGUAAGACAUUCACAAUGAAGCCACUGCCUAUACGGGCUGUUCAAGAUUUAAUGAGGAUGUUGAGUCAACCAGUAUACCGUGAUCAGAGGCUUAAGUUGUGGCUCAGUUAUUUCGAGAUAUAUGGUGGAAAGCUCUACGAUCUUCUCUCCGAGAGAAAGAAACUUUGUAUGCGAGAAGACGGUAGACAACAAGUCUGCAUUGUUGGCCUGCAAGAGUUUGAAGUUUCGGAUAUUCAAAUUGUAAAGGAUUUUAUCGACAAAGGGAGUGCUUCAAGGAGCACAGGAUCGACUGGCGCCAAUGAGGAAUCUUCAAGAUCACAUGCUAUUUUGCAGCUUGUUGUCAAAAAGCAUGUGGAGGUAAAAGAAACUCGACGAAACAAUAAUGAUAAUAACGAAUCACGAGGGAAGGUUGUGGGAAAGAUUUCUUUCAUUGAUCUUGCUGGCAGCGAAAGAGGUGCAGACACCACAGACAAUGACCGCCAGACAAGGAUUGAAGGUGCAGAAAUCAACAAGAGUCUUUUAGCUCUCAAAGAAUGUAUCCGCGCGCUGGACAAUGACCAGCUGCAUAUUCCAUUCCGUGGAAGCAAACUAACUGAAGUGCUACGUGACUCAUUUGUUGGAAACUCAAGAACUGUGAUGAUUUCAUGCAUCUCUCCAAACGAAGGAUCAUGCGAACAUACCCUAAAUACAUUAAGAUACGCCGAUCGGGUUAAAAGUCUAUCUAAAAGUGGAAAUAGCAAGAAGGAUCAAACUUUUAACCCGUUGCCGCCAGCUAAUAAGGAUGUUUCUUUGGCUUCUUCUCAACUAGCUUCAAAUGAUGCAGAAGAUGUCUUUGAGCCCCCGCAGGAAUAUAAUGUACAGGAGACAUGGAGGAGGGUAGAGAAAGACAGCAGCUACUCUACUUCGGGUAUUGAAUUCAAGCAGCCAACGAAUUACCCAUCUUCAUAUCAGGCCAGCUUUAAAGAGGAAAGUGGAAUACCAUCGAUAUCAAUGGACAGAGGAAGAUCAGAUACGAGCAACUCUUUUGGCGGCUCCACUAGUCAAAGGAUUCUUCAGUCAUCAUCUUCUUAUCCUCAAGACGCCUCAGAUCAGGAAGAAAAAGUGAGGAAGGUAUCACCGACUCGUAGGAAAGUUUCCCGGGAGGAAAAACCAGAAAGACAUCAAAACUUGUCGAAAAGAGACUCCAUCGGUGCGUCUGAUGUCCCUGCCACGAUAAACUUCAGGCAGCUCAAUAGUAGUACUACCAGUCAGAACUCAAGCGACGCUGCUUCAAGGCAAUACGAAACAAUAACGGAGCCGCCUUCUGUUGAUGAAAACAUCAGUGCAUUGCUUGAGGAGGAAGAGGCCUUAAUUACAGCACAUAGAAAAGAAAUCGAGGAUACAAUGGAGAUUGUUCGUGAGGAAAUGAAAUUACUAGCGGAGGUGGAUCGGCCAGGAAGCAUGAUUGACAACUAUGUUACACAGCUGAGCUUUGUCUUGUCCCGUAAAGCAGCUGGGCUCGUAAGCCUUCAAGCCCGUCUUGCUCGGUUCCAACACCGUCUGAAAGAGCAAGAGAUCCUUAGUCGGAAGAGAGUUCCUCGCUAGAGAAAUGAUUGUUAGUAGGGAUGGGCGUUCGGAUAUCUGUUUGGAUUUGGAGCAGAUAUUUUGGAUUUUCGGAUAUUUCGGUAUAGAGUUAUAGAAUCUGUCCGGGUAUUUCUGUACUUCGGAUCAGAAUCAGAUACUUAUAGUUCGGAUUCGGUUGUUUUGGAUCGGGUUUUCAGAUAUUUAAAUUUUAAAAGAAAAAAAAUUAAAAUUUUCAUUUC